GCACGUGCACUAGUGCACGUUUGACAACAAGUUAGACAGUCCCAGCGCGAGACGGGAAACCGGGUCCGGGCCAGACAGUCCCUGGUAGUUGCCAGGGAGGAUGUUUGGGAAAACAGGCGGCAACAAAAAGGCAGCUGGGAGCGAAGACCUCACUCACAAGCCGGCCCCGCCAACCAAAUCGGCUGAAAAAAAUGCGCCCUUGGAUCACCGGUCUUCGGCGGGAAAAUUCCAGAAUUCGGAUUCCGCAGUUAUUGCUCUCAUUGGAGGCGUCGACUUGCAGAACCCGCAAGAUUUCAGCAGUGGCAGUUCAGCCUUGCUUUUUCAACCAACACAAAAUAAAUGGACCAGCUUCCAAGACAUGCCAGAGCCCAGGAACUACCAUGCAGCCGUCUUCUACAACGGUUACAUAUAUGUUACUGGGGGAUACAACCCCAUUCAAGUUGCCAGCAACGAGAUCAUCUCUCAAAAGAGCGUCUUCCGCUACUCUGUGCAGAGCAAAAGUUGGGACAGGGUGGCUGACAUGCGACACGCUCGGGCUUGCCAUGGCAUGGCCGUAGUUAACGACAAAAUUAUGGUUGUGGGCGGCAAGGACGACAGUGGAGAGAUUCUUCAGUCUGUAGAAGUGUACAACCCAGCGUCAGACAGUUGGCUUCCAUAUCGGAAUCUUCCGCUACCUCUGAUGGGCAGUGGGGUGGCAUUUCUGGAUGGGCUACUGUAUGUUGCGGGUGGUAUUACCACCAAGAAACAGGUGUUCACUGGCACUGUGCCUUCCGAAGUUCUCAGCCACGUCUAUGCGACAGACCCCGAUGAGCGCAUAUGGAUGCGACGACCCAGCCUCCCCGAACCUCGUGCAUACUCGUCAGCCCUGACGAUCCACCAUGAGAUAUGGCUCAUGGGUGGACUGAAACCAUCACCCCGAGACCUGACAGCGUACACGAAUAUCGGUGACGUGAUAUCUUACGAUUCUCUGCGAAGUCGAUGGCAGCUGCGUUUCAGGCUUCCGAAACCUCGGCACGGUGUCGCCGUAGCCUGCACGGACGAUCGCAUCUACGUCCUGGGCGGAAUGACGUGCAUAGACGGGACGUCGCUGGAUGACGUGGACGUCUUCCAUCGACAGCGUAUUGUGUUUCUCGACUGCGAGUGCCUGCCCAAGCGUGUGACAGGUGCAUGUGCAAUAACCAUGCCAUACUACGGAUCUGGAAAGCUGACAGAGGAGGCUCCAAAAAACGUUCCUCCUAAGAAACAGCCUCAGAAAGACAUAAAAUCUGGAGGAUCGUCUUCGGUGCGUUUGGAUCGUGGAGACCAGUCGAGAAGGCGUGACUCGGCUUCUUCAUAUCUGGAUGGAGACAAGGACAGGUCACUGGAUGAGGUUGAGGUUCCAGCGAGUGUGCGAAGGAGACGCAAGCCGCUGUCUCCUAUCGAUUCAAGGGGUGAAAUGGACGUUCCAGAUGGUACCAGCACGGAGGGUUGGCCUCCACACCGCCUUCCCCUCGAACCCGACACGUUCCUCGGCGUGAACGAACUGAAGUCCCGCACCCCAAUCGCCCACCCCAGCCUUCCACGCUUCUACCAUUACGUUGCCGUGGCACCUACCAACGAUCCUCACCAUGGCAUAUCACCACGUGUGGACAGCAACUAUAAGCACACCAAGGAGGUGUUGGGUCUGAGAGACACCACAGGGUUGCCAGCAUUCGCAAAAUAUCUUCGGAGGGUGAAGAGGAUCAGGGACGAAACUCUGCCAGUCAUCCUUACUUUUGGCGGCGUGGAUCCCAGAGACCCCCUCAAUUACGCCAUAGGACGAGUGGUCCUGCACUACCACAUCCUGAAGAACCGCUGGGACCUGUGUGGAAUGAUGCCCGAGCCACGCAGCUAUCACGCGGUGGUGCUUCUGAACGACGUGGUUUACGUCACAGGUGGCUUCGACCCGGAGACACGUAAGUGCGGUGAGGUGGUGGCGUCCAAGGCAACGUUUGCCUACAACCUGGAAGACAUGGAAUGGAGCCGCAAGGCAGACAUGGGCUCUGCCAGGGCUGCUCACAGCAUGGUCACCUGCUUGGGCAAAUUGUUUGUCUUCGGGGGACGUGGCAGGCUUGGAAGGGCCUUGCAGUCAUGCGAAGAGUACGACCCAACAUCUGACGCGUGGAAGGAUGGGGGUACUCUGCCCGAGCCUCGUACUGCUACGGGUUGCUGCGUUCUCAACGACAAAAUCUGGCUCAUCGGGGGAAUGGCUACAGAGACUGGUGAACUGUACCGUGCCGUCGACAGGGUGGAUAUAUACGACCCCAAGGGACAUUCGUGGUCUGCAGGCCCCACAUUGCGGAAGCCGCGUGCAUUCCCAUCGGUCGCGGUGAUCGGGUCCACGAUAUGGCUCUUGGGUGGUUGCUACGACAAUUCUGAACCAGGCCUGCCAUUGGUUAGCCUGCGUGACGUCGAUUCUUUGGAAGAUGACUGCUGGGUCCACAAGGGAUGCACGGUCCAUUCCAGGCACGCUGCUGCCGUUGCUGUUGCCGACACCAAUAUCUACGUGGUGGGCGGCACCAGCAGCGUGCUAAACGGUCCGCUGAAGCGACCAGAGGUGUACCUACAGCUGGAUGACAGCUACGGCUUUCCGGCCGAAUACCCCGAGGCAAUGACUGGCAUCGCAGCCGUGUCCGUCCCUCCAAAGACAACGACUUUCCGAAGCAGCUCUCUCACGUGCAUGAUCAAGGACGAGCUUGCAGAGUGAACUUGAGAGCUGUACCUGUUUGAAUUGGCCCUUGAAACUUGAUAGCAGCACAACGGGGAGAUCGUGGCAUCCUCAUUGCUCCACUUGCCUGCAAGG